AUGGCGACCCGAGCUCUUCCGCUGAUGCUGCGUGAGGCCUCCCCGUGGGCCGUGGCCGCUGCAGCGGCAGCCGCGGCGGUGCUGUGGCUGGCGGACUGGACGCUGGAGUGGGCGUGGUGGACGCCGCGGCGGCUCGAGCGAGCCCUCCGGGGACAGGGCCUCGAUCGAGGGCACCAGCCCAAGCUCUAUGACACCGUGAAACAAUACGGAAAGCUGUCCUUGACUUGGUUUGGUCCGACGCCGAGGGUGAUGAUUCCAGACCCAGCAUUAGUGAGAGAGGUUUUGUCCAACAAGUUCGGCCACUUCCCCAAGCCCAAGAGUAGCCGUGUUGCCAACUUGAUAGCCAACGGGAUUGUCAGUCAUGAAGGCGACAAAUGGGCAAAACACCGGAGAAUUCUGAAUCCUGCUUUCCACCAUGAUAAACUAAAGCGAAUGCUUCCCCUGUUCUCUGCUUGUUCCGUUGAAAUGGUCACUAGAUGGGAGAACUCCACGUCUUCUGAAGGUUCUUCUGAGAAAGACGUCUGGCCUGAGUUCCAGAAUCUUACUGGAGAUGCCAUCUCUAGAGCUGCGAUUGGUAGCAGCUAUCAGGAGGGGAGAAGAAUUUUCCAGUUGCAAGAGGAGCUAGCUGAGUACAUCGUACAACCUUUUCAAGCAAAUGUUAUCCCAGGCUAUUGGUUCUUACCCACCAAAGGCAACAGGAGGAUGAGAGAGAUUGACGCGGAGGUUCGCAAAACUCUACGUGGAAUAAUCGAGAAAAGAGAGACGGCUAUUAAAAACGGUGACACUAGCAACGACGACUUGCUGGGCUUAUUGUUGGAGUCAAGCGUGAGGGAAUCAAACGGAACAUCAAGUCUAAGCAUGACCACGGAGGACAUGAUUGAGGAAUGCAAGCUAUUCUACUUCGCAGGCAUGGAGACAACGUCUGUCCUGCUCACUUGGACACUGAUCGUGCUAAGCAUGCACCCGGAAUGGGAGGAACGGGCAAGAGAAGAAGUCUUGGCUCACUUUGGAAGAUCUAACAAGCCAGAUUAUGAUACCUUGAGCCGCAUGAAGAUUAUAACCAUGAUUGUCAACGAGGUCCUGAGGCUAUACCCGCCAGCAACCUUCGUGAUGAGAAGAACCUACAAGGAAAUGGAGCUCGGCGGCAUCAAGUACCCGGCAGGGGUGAAUCUCAUGCUGCCCAUUCUCUUCAUUCACCACGAUCCCAGCAUAUGGGGAGACGACGCGAGCGAGUUCAAUCCAGCAAGGUUCGCCGACGGCGUUUCCAGCGCGACCAAGCUGCAAGGCGGCGGCGGCUUCUUUCAGUUCGGUGGCGGUCCCCGGAUCUGCAUCGGCCAGAACUUCGCGCUGCUGGAGGCCAAGAUGGCACUCUGCACCAUCCUCCAGCACUUCUCCUUUGAGCUCUCGCCGUCCUACACCCAUGCGCCGUACACCGUGAUAACUCUGCAUCCUCAGCAUGGGGCACAAAUCAAGCUGACGAAGCUGUGA